AUGGAGCCGGCAUCAGUGAGGACCAAAGUCCCCUCUUUCUUGUCUGACCUGGGGAAGGCCACGCUCCGGGGCAUCCGGAAAUGUCCCCGCUGUGGCACAUACAACGGCACCCGAGGCCUGAGCUGCAAGAACAAGAACUGCGGGACUGUCUUCCGCUGCGGCACACGCAAGCAGCCCAGCGUUGACGCCGUCAAGAUCAUCACCGGCUCUGACUUACAGGUUUAUUCGGUGCGACAGAGGGACCGGGGACCGGAUUCCCGGUGUUUUGUGGAGCUGGGGGUCUCGGAGACGGCCAUCCAGACGGUGGAUGGGACCAUCAUCACGCAGCUCAGCUCUGGCCGGUGCUACGUGCCAUCGUGUCUGAAAGCGGCCACGCAAGGCGUGGUGGAGAACCAGUGCCAGCACGUGAAACUGGCCUUGAACUGCCAGACCGAGGCCACCCCGCUCACCCUGAAAAGCUCGGUGCUCAACUCCAUGCAGGCUUCGCCCGAAACCAAACAGACCAUAUGGCAGCUGGCGACCGAGCCCACAGGGCCACUGGUGCAGCGGAUCACCAAGAACAUCCUGGUGGUGAAGUGCAAGGCCAGCCAGAAGCACAGCCUCGGCUACCUGCACGCCUCCUUCGCCCAGAAGAUGAGCGCAAAGACGCUGGCGGACCACAGGUUCUCCUGCUCCUGCCAGACUCCAAAACCCGGCAAGGGCGGCCCGGUCGAGGAGGAGGCGGCGCCGCCACGCUGCAUUCACUUCUUCGCCUGCAUCUGCGCCUUCGCCAGCGACGAGAGCCUGGCGCAGGAGUUCGCUGACUUCCUCGCCUAUGACACGGGCGGUCUGAAAGGGAUCGCAGUCCCGCAGUUGCUCAGCGGCCCCGAAUCCACGGGGCAGGCUGGGGAGGCGGCAGCUGCCAAGCCCAGGAAGAGGAAAAAGGACGUAACGCCCGGGGCGCAGGCGACCAGCCCUCUCCUGGCUCAAGACCCAGCUCACACCAACCCCCGGAGAAGCGGCCUGAAGAAGCCGGCUGUCGCCUCCUCGCUGAAAAGACAAG